AUGCCUGUUGGUGACGCCGGUGAAGUCCAAGCUGUCGGCUUGGACCCCGCUCUUAUUGACGCUUCUGGCGACCCCACGCGCAAGUACCCCGAGAUGCACACAACCUCUGCGCCCGCCUACCUCCACUCUGAGGGCAAGGCCACGCUCCAGGACAGCUACCUCAACGAGGCCGAUGACUUUCCCACCGAUGAGGAGCUCGCCACGCUUCGCCGUGUGCCCGCUAGGAUCCCAUGGAAGAUCUUCACAAUCGCUUUCGUUGAGCUUGUCGAGCGUAUGAGUUACUACGGAACCGUUGCUGUAUACUCCAACUACAUCGCUAAGCCGCUCACUACGCCCACUGGAGCCGCGCUCAACCCAGAUGAUGCUGAGGCUCAACCCGGUGCCCUCAACAUGGGCAAGCAGGUCGCUUUCAGUUUGACUACAUUCAACGCCUUCUGGGUCUACGUCUGCCCGCUCCUCGGAGCCUGGAUCGCCGACACCUACCUUGGUCGUUUCAAGACUAUUCUAUACUCCGUCUUGGUCGCUGAGAUUGGUCACUUGAUCCUCGUCGCCUCAGCUGCGCCAUCUGUCUUGGAGAACUCCAACACUGCCCUCGGCGUUUUUAUCCUCGGUCUCAUCAUCAUGGGUCUUGGAACUGGAACUUUCAAGCCCAACAUUGCCCCUCUUAUUGCCGAACAAGUUCCUCAGGAGAAGAUGCGCGUUGAGACACGCGGUACUGAGCGCGUCAUUGUCGACCCUGCUGUCACUGUCACCCGUAUCUACAACUGGUUCUACUUCUUCAUCAACAUCGGUGCUCUAGUCGGUCAAAUCAGCAUGGUUUACGCUGAGCGAUACGUCGGUUUCUGGCUCGCGUACCUGAUCCCCACCGUUAUGUUCAUCAUCGCUCUCCCCGUCUUGAUCUUCUGCAAGAAGUUCUACAUCCUCCGUCCCCCGAGCGGUAACGUUAUGGGCCCUGCUUUCAAGCUUCUCUUCAAGGCUCUUGGACGCGGAAUGAGCAUCAACCCCGUUAAGACUUGGAAAAACUGGAACGACGGCAACAUGUGGACUGCUGUCAAGCCUUCCGUCCUUGGCUCCGCCGCACCCAAGUGGUACAACUUUGAUGACGCCUGGGUUGAUGAGGUUGCUCGUGGUUUUGCUGCCUGCUCCGUCUUCUUCUGGGUGCCUAUCUUCUGGCUUGCAUACCGCCAGAUGGACUCCAACCUGACCCAGAUGUGCGCCACCAUGAAGCUCGGCGGCGUCCCCAACGACAUUCUCUCCAACUUGGACCCCAUCGCUAUCAUCAUCAUCGUGCCUAUCAUGGACUCUCUCGUUUACCCCUUCCUCCGCAAGCGAGGUAUCCGCUUCACUCCGAUCAAGAAGAUCACCGCUGGUUUCAUCCUCGGAGCCUUCGCCAUGGUCUGGGCAGCGGUUCUUCAACACUACAUCUACAAGACCUCCGGCUACUACGAGACCAAGGACCCCGAGUACAAGACCGACAUCACUGUCUGGGCUGUUACCGGUGUCUACGUCCUCAUUGCCAUCUCCGAGAUCUUCGCCUCCGUCACCACUCUCGAGUACGCCUUCACCAAGGCUCCCAAGAACAUGAGAUCGCUCGUUCAGUCCGUCCAGCUCUUCACCACCGCCUUCUCUGCCGCCCUCGCCCAGGCUUUCACUCCUCUUACCGCGGAUCCCCACAUCGUCUGGAACUACGGAAGUGUAGCCAUCAUCUCCUUCGUCACCGGUAUCGCCUUCCACUUCGCCUACCGUAACAUGGACAAGAACGAAGACCAGCUCAACCUGCUGCCCACCGGUCACCUCGGCACGGAGGCUCAGGCUGCUGACAUCGAGAGACGCCAGAGCGUCAACGAGGAGAGGCGCGCUAGCCUUGUCGCUCAGGAGAAGAUGUAA